CCAGGUGUCUGCAAACAAAAGAUAAUUACAAGAAAAAUUCUGAUGGGCAAGAGGAAACUAGCAUGCAGAUUCCCUGGCCUUCAGGCUUCAGAGCUGGAUUCGGAUGAUCCUCCUGGAAUGAAGAACUCUCUGACCCUAGAGGGUGAUACUAUGGAUGGAUCCUUCAACAACAAACAUGGCUGUCACAUCAUAGGCCACAUUGAUGACUAUACUGCUCUCAGAGUGAAGAUUGGGGAGGGGAAACAGCUGGUUCAAAAGAUCCAGGCUCUCCUGAGGCCCACAUGCAACUUCCCAGGCCUUGAAGCUCAGAGCUCAGAGGCACCAAGCAACAAAUGUUUUCAUGAGCUAAGAAGUAGCACCCGUGCCCUGCAGCACAUCCUAGAGAAGUCAGCCUCACUCCUGACCAUGUUCUGGGGAGCAGCUUUACCAAGCUUCCACAGCCCUGGGCUGCCUGGCAAAGUGGAUGAGUCAAUGGAAAGGGAGCUCCUGGAUCUGCGAGCCCAAGUAUCCAAACAGGAGAGAAGCUCCUUGAGAGCACAGCUGAGCAUCUGAAGACUGCUAACCAGCAGAAGGAGAACAUGGAACAGUUCAUUGCCAGCCAGUGUAGGUUCCCUUGAGCUGUGGAGCAGCAGAGGAAAGGGCUGGUCUUGCAGAUGUCCCACUUGUGCUGCAGAUAAACAGUGACCACAGAGGCACUGGGAAUGUUGGGAAGGGAGAGUCUGAUGCACUGGGCCCAACCCUCCUGUGACAUGAGCAAUUGUGCUUGCAGAGGGAGGGGAGGAAGGAGUCAGCAAGAGGCCAUGAUUGAGGGGUGAGAAGAAAAUGCUCUACAAAAUGCAUGCCCAGCAAGUAGGGCCCAGCUGUAAAUUCCUUCUUUGUGGUGC